AUGCCUGGGAGAGUUCUGCCGACGUUUACCUCCGCCGAAGUCAAAUCUCAAAGUACCGCCAAGUCAUGCUACAUCACCUUGGGGCCUAAUGUUUACGAUGUCACCGAUUUCCUCGACGCGCAUCCCGGUGGUGGCGAUCUGAUCCUAGAGUAUGCUGGACAGGAUGUGACAGACAUCCUGAAGGACGGGAUCUCCCACGAACACAGCGAUUCAGCCUAUGAAAUUUUGGACGAGUACCACAUUGGGUUCGUAUCCGAUGUCUCUGCGCCUGGCAAGACUACAACCACGACACCAACAACUGCCAUCGAGACGGUGACUGAAACCGAGUCUGGUCCCGUUUUUGCGAACACUGGAAUGUCUCGGGAGGAGGAUCUAUCGAUUGAUACCGACUAUACCCAGGACUUCAAAACCCAUAAGUUCCUGGACUUAAACAAGCCGCUUCUGAUGCAGCUGUGGAACAGCAACUUCUCGAAGGAGUUCUACUUGGAGCAGAUUCAUCGGCCUCGCCACUACCGGGGAGGGGAGUCCGCUCCUCUGUUCGGCAACUUCCUGGAGCCUCUCAGCAAAACCGCCUGGUACGUCGUGCCAAGUAUCUGGUUACCAUGUGUUGCCUACGGAAUGACGGUGGGAGCUACCGGGCUGGGUAGCUCCACUGCUGCUGCCUCCUACUUCACCGGCGGCGUGUGCCUCUGGACUCUGAUCGAGUAUCUGAUGCACCGGUUCCUCUUCCACAUUGACCACUGGCUUCCGGACAACCGUGUCGGCCUUACCCUGCACUUCCUGCUCCACGGUAUCCACCAUUAUCUCCCGAUGGACAAGUAUCGUCUUGUUAUGCCACCGACACUAUUCGUGUUCCUAGCUGCUCCUUUCUGGAAGCUGGCACACACGGUCUUCUAUUACAACUGGUACGCGGCUGUGUCGGUAUUCUGUGGCGGUGUCUUCGGGUAUAUCUGCUAUGAUCUCACCCAUUACUUCCUGCACCACCGCAACCUCCCUUCGUACUACAAGGAGCUCAAGAAGUACCACCUCCAGCACCAUUUCGCCGAUUUCGAGAAUGGUUUUGGCGUGACUAGUCGGUUCUGGGAUCGAGUCUUCGGCACCGAGUUGGUGUCCCCAGCCCCAAAAGGCGUGAAGGCUCAGUGA